GCGUGCCCACAGGGAAGGGUUGCUCUCAACGGGAGGAGGACUGAAAAGCAAAGCUGAGAAUCAGCCUCGGUUGGGAAGCCCCUGUUCUUGUGGGAGAUCUGGCUUGGCUCCUGGCCAUUCCUGCCUGCAGCUUCCCACUUUGUUCAGGUGGAAGUCUUCCAGCAUGGCCUCUUCCUACCUCUGACACUGGAGAGAACUUAUCCCCCAUCUGGCUGUAAGACCCAAGACAAAACCCAGUUGAGAGUGGUUUGGGAUGAGAUGUCGGCCCUCCAGCUCCACUCCCAGCUGGGCUCUAGCAACCCUAUCCAGGUCCAGAGCAGCCACUGCCCACCUCUGUCCCUAUGUCCUACUGGGAUCCAGCCUCUCCCACAGAUCAGCCCUGAGGACUUAAAUGGGAACUGUUGUGACCCAGUGGCUGAUCCCUUGGAUUGUGCCUGCGACACCCCUGACCUAGAACUGGUGCGGAAGAUUGUGGCUCAGGUGGAAUUCUACCUGUCAGAUGAGAACCUGGCCCGAGACACCUUCCUGUUGAAACAUGUGCAGAAGAACAAGCAGGGCUUUGUCAGUAUCAAGCUACUAACUUCUUUCAAGAAGGUGAAGUACCUGAGCCAGGACUGGAGGCUGACGCUGCACGCCCUGCGUUUCUCUGAGCUGCUGGAGGUGAAUGUGGAAGGGACCAAAGUCCGGAGGAAAAGCCCCCUUCCCGACCUCCUCUUGGGCUCCCCUCCUAGCAAGCUGCUUCUGGCCUGGGAGCCCUGGGGCCUGGAACUGCCUCCGGCCUCGCCACCAUCCCCUGCCCUCCAGCAGGCUUUCCUGGAGGCCAUCAGUGGCCUGUUCAGCCCAUUCGGUCUCAUUGCCUCCAUCCGCAUCCUGCAGCCGGGCAAGAAGCUACCCCCGUCUGUCCAGAGGUAUGUGCUUGCCCAGCCCGAGCUGCUGAGCAGCUGCUGCGCCCUGGUAGAGUACGAGAGUCUGGAGGCGGCAGCCGGUGCCUUUGCCGAGCUGAGUCGGCGCUUGGCCCCUGGCGCCUCGGGCGGCAUCAAGGUGGUGCGGCUCUUGGCCCGAAGCCCCAAGAAGCAGAGCGGAGGGCAGGAAGAUGGGGAAGAAGGGGCCCGGGCCUACCAGCGGGCCCCUCCCCGAAAGAGGGGUCCCCGGGCCCGGCAGGGCGAGCCUCCUCAGAGUAGCUCCCCCGAGUCGGACGGCGCCCCCGUCUCGCCCCCCGACUCGCUCCUCGGCCUCCGAGCCGGCUACUUCAGCCUCCCCUGUAUUGGCCCUCCACCUCCGCGCCCGUCCCUCCUUGGUCCUGCCGCCACCACCGAUGCUAGGAUCCAGAAAUGGGCAGGCCCCUGCUGGGCUCAUGGGCUGAGCUCUCGCCCCCAGGAAGCAGCCCCCGCUGUGGCUCUGGGGAUGGGCAAGGGGACGGCCCUGCCCAUCCGCCGCCUGCCCCGGGGGCCUGAUGGCACCAGAGGGUUCUACAGCAGCAUCGGACGGGGUGGGGUUGUACUACGCCACUGAGGCCGGGAGCUGGUUUCACGGGUCUCGGGCGGCUGCUGAGUCCGGCAUCCCCGUGAAAGCAGUUGACUGGGCCCUGGCUGGCGGUGGGCAAUGGCACGGGCAUCUGGGAGGGGAGCUGUGCCUGUCGCUCCACAGGAUGGGGGGCUUGACCCCGUCGGCUGUUGGCCGGGGUUGGGGGGGGGGUCCCUCUCGGACUGACUGUACCAAAGCCGUUGGUGUACACCCUCCCAGCUGUGAGUAAUAAACACUAACGCACCCCUCUUC